GUGGUUAUAAAUAAAUGAGAAAUGUAUUAUUUGUGAAUCAAAAUAUGGGGUUUUCAGCUUUUUGUGUACUCACACUCUCUUAUAUCCUUUUGGUAUCCAUUUCAUUGGCAACUCCAAAUUCUUCAGUUCAUGAGAACUUUCUGAAUUGCUUUUACUUCAAAACAAAUCUUUCUCAGUACCCCAAUUCCCAAGUACUAUUCACUAAAAACAGUUCAUCAUAUUCAUCCGUCUUGCAAUCUGCUGCACAAAACCUCAGAUUCUCGACUGCUUCAACUCCCAAGCCACAACUUAUCAUUAAGCCAAUUCAUGAAUAUCACAUUCAAGCAGCCAUAGUUUGUUCCAAGAAACAUGGCCUGCAAUUACGAGUGCGUAGUGGUGGCCAUGACUAUGAGGGCCUUUCUUAUGUGUCUGAUGUUCCAUUCAUUGUUCUUGAUCUUGCCAAUCUUAGAUCUAUCAGAAUUGAUAUAGAAGAUGAGAGCGCAUGGGUUGAGUCUGGUGCAACUAUGGGAGAACUAUAUUACAGAAUCGCGGAGAAAAGUAAGGUUUAUGGCUUCCCGGCAGGUACUUGUCACACUGUAGGUGUUGGGGGACACUUCACUGGAGGUGGAUUUGGUACCAUAUUCAGAAAAUAUGGCCUAGCAGCAGAUAAUGUCAUCGAUGCUCGGAUAAUUGAUGUCAAUGGCAGAAUUCUUGACAGACGAUCCAUGGGUGAAGAUCUAUUUUGGGCCAUCAGAGGAGGAGGGGGAGAAAGCUUUGGAGUCAUCCUUUCUUGGAAAAUAAAAUUGGUUCCUGUUCCAUCCAUUGUGACCAUUUUUAAUGUUCAAAAGAGCUUGGAACAAGGUGCAACCAAGCUUCUUUACAAGUGGCAAACCAUAGCAGAUAAAUUCCCUGAAGACCUCUUCCUCCAUGCCAUCAUAGGAGUUGUUGAUGCAAGUCAAAAUGCAAAUAAAACAAUAGUAGUUUCUUUUGAUGCUUUGUUUCUUGGAGGCGUUGAGGAACUUCUUCCUCUAAUAAACCAGAGCUUCCCUGAAUUAGGUUUGAAUCACGGUGACUGCACCGAAAUGAGUUGGAUUAAGUCUGUCCUUUACUUUGCCAGCUUCUCAAUCCAGGAAUCCCCUGAUGUUUUGCUUAACAGGACUCAAUCAUCCGUUUCCUUCUUUAAGUCGAAAUCAGACUACGUGAAGGAGCCCAUUCCCGGAUCUGGGCUGCAAGAAUUAUGGAAAAUACUACUUGAAGAUGAAGCUGGAUAUAUGAUCUUUACACCUUAUGGUGCAAAGAUGAGCGCGAUUUCAGAUUCUGAGACUCCUUUCCCUCAUAGAAGUGGAAACAUUUACAAAAUUCAGUACUCGGUUUCCUGGGGCACAGACAAGGAAACAAAGAAGCACAUUUCCUGGAUUAGAAAGCUAUAUACCUACAUGAAACCUUAUGUUUCAAAGUCUCCAAGAGCUGCUUAUAUCAACUAUAGAGAUCUUGACUUGGGAAGGAACAAGAUUGGUAAUACAAGCUAUGCACAAGCUAGCGUUUGGGGUUUGAAGUACUUCAAGAAUAACUUCAAGAGACUGUCACAUGUAAAGACCAAAACUGAUCCAUCCAACUUCUUUAGGAAUGAACAGAGCAUCCCAUUAUUUUCAUUAUGGGAAAAAAAACAGGGGAACUAGAAAUAGCAUAUCAUGUCUGCCUCUAUAAUCAAUAAUAAAGUUAUUAUAUUUGUCAACGAUAAAAUUAAUGUUAAUUCUCUUAAAUAACUUUUUCCAUGUCAAAUGUCUUGUAUCAUGUUGGGAAGUCUUGCCAACAUUUGGCUCCAUCAGUAUGCGGAUUCCAUGUUUCUUGAGGUUGUCAUGUUGUACUCUCUACAAGCAUUAAGACCAAUGUAUCGGCCUUUAAUA